AUGAGUAAUGGAAGCACAACCCCAUCUACUACACCAAUAUCCAAUGAUACAAAUGACUCAAAAAUCGUUCAAGAAUUCAUGAAGUUCAAUCCUUCAACAUUUGAUGAAUCAUCUGUGGAUCCCAUUAUAGUUGAGAAUUGGAUUACAGAAAUAGAAACUAUCUUCUGCCAUAUGAACACCCCAGAAGGACAGAAAGUAAAUUGUGCCACCUUCAUGUUAAGAGGUGAGGCAAAUUUCUGGUGGAAAUCCAUACAAAGAAUAAUCAAAGGUUCAACCUUGUGGCAACAAUUUAGACAGGCUUUUUACAACAAGUAUUUCCCUUUGACAGUAAGAUAUCAAAAGGAAGUGGAAUUUCUUAAUCUUCAUCAACAAAACAUGUCGGUGGCAGAGUAUAAACAAAAAUUUGAUUUCUUGUCUCCCUUUGUUACCCAGAUAGUGGACAUAGAAAAGAAGAAGGUGGAAAGUUUUAUCUGGGGAUUAAGAGAAGGCAUUCGGGGCACGGUUACUGGUUUCUGA